UAGAACUGCAGGUCUCAGGUAACAACAGCAGCUUCAGCAUCAAUAAUUGAAAGCAGGUCCAGCCUCUUGCCUCAGGGUUAUUUCCCCCAAGGACUUCCCCUCCAGUCCUGUACUCCGGUUGUCCCUAAGCAGGAGCUUCCAGCCCAGGUCCAGGUAGGGACCAUGUCCCCUGCCAUUGCACUGGCAUUUCUGCCACUGGUGGUAACAUUGUUGGUGCGAUACCGGCACCAUUUCCGCCUGCUGCUGCGCACAGUCUUGCUGAGGAGUUUCCAAGACUGCCUAUCAGGGAUGCGGAUUGAGGAGCGAGCUUUCAGCUAUGUGCUCACCCAUGCCCUACCUGGGGACCCUGGACACAUCCUCACCACUCUGGACCACUGGAGCAGCCACUGCGAGUACCUGAGCCAUAUGGGGCCUGUCAAAGGUCAGAUUCUGGUGCGGCUGGUGGAGGAGAAGGCCCCUGCUUGUGUGCUAGAGCUAGGCACCUACUGUGGAUACACCACCCUGCUUAUUGCUGGCGCCCUGCCCCCUGGGGGUCGCCUUCUUACAGUGGAGCGGGACCCACGCACGGCAGCAGUGGCUGAAAAACUCAUCCGCCUGGCUGGCUUUGAUGAGCACACGGUGGAGCUCAUUGUUGGCAGCUCAGAGGAGGUGAUCCCACGCCUGCGAGCCCAGCACCAGCUGAGUCGGACAGACCUGGUACUCCUGGCACAUCGGCCCCGGUAUUAUUUGCGGGACCUGCAGCUGCUAGAGGCCCAUGCUCUGCUGCCAGCUGGUGCCACUGUCUUGGCUGAUCACGUGCUCUUCCCUGGUGCGCCCCGCUUCCUGCAGUAUGCCAAGAGUUGUGGCCACUACCGCUGUCGCCUCCACCACACUGGCCUCCCAGACUUCCCUGCUAUCAAGGAUGGCAUAGCCCAGCUCACCUAUGCUGGACCUGGCUGAGGUUCAGGACCAUGGAUAUUUACCAAUGCUCCCCACCCCUGCCCAAACAAGGACCUCAGAACAUUUAUUGCCUUCCCUGUUUGGAGCCUGACACAUGCUGGGCUCAGAGCUGGGGAGGUUUUCUUCCCAACUUUACCCCUUUGGGCCCCACAUUGACCCAAAGUGUCAAAUUCUAUCAGGCUACUUGGUCUCUGGUCCUCCUCCUUCUGGAGAGAUCCACGGACAGACAUGAGGCCUGAGCUCCCAGCCCGGCUCUGUCACUGGUUUGCUGGGUGAGUCCAGGGUAGUCUUGCCCUGCUCCGAGAUUUAAUCCACUCUCUUAACACUAAAGCUGAUGACUGGAAGAGCCUCAGGGCUUCCCAGCUCUGGACUUCAGAAAGCCUCUCCUCCUUGGUCCAUACCAUUCUGGGUGGAAUCAGAGGAAACAGCAGCUAAUGAGAGGCCCUGAAGGAAUGGCUUGGUGCAAGUUGGGCCAGGGGAAAUGACACAGGAGCUUGGGUCCAGGCUUGGUAUCCCUUGAAUGUCCCCUCCCCAAAGCCCAAGAGAAGGGGCUGCAUUCCUCUGGGCCCCACCAACAAAUAGGGAAUAGACAUGGGGGAAAAAUCAUUCCUGUGUCUUUAUUAAAGAGAGUUAGAAAGAAACCAGACCUGGCAACCAAGGGGCGAGGUACUGACCAGGUAGGUGGGGUGGGCUCAGGCUCUGGGAAUUCAAGGGCCAACUGAUGGCCUAGCAGGGGUCAAGGAAACCAGGUUCUGGCAGCAGCUGAGGAAGUGCCCAAGGGUGAGCUUUUAGGCAUUGGGGCCAUCAGCUAUCAGCUGGUUCUGCAGGCUGAGGGGUUGGGGCGGGGAUGUAGGGUAGGUUAGGCUGGCCUGGAAUCGCCCUGAGGCCACCCUGCCUUGUCUACCUAGAUCAUCCACUGGUCCUGAUCCUGUUCGUUGCCUUCCAUGUCCACCUGGAGAGGAGGCUGGGUGUGGGUGGGGAGGGGCCUCAGCCAGCCUCAGCCCCAGAUCCGGCCCCUGGAUAAAUCCAGAGUUUCUAUACCCGUUGGUCAUCAAUUAGGUCAGGGGCAGGGGCCCAGGAACAGAGGCCCUCCCCUACACCCCCACCUACCUCAUUGACUUCUCCAUCAUCAGGUGACUCAUUAUAGUCAUUCAUCUCGUCCAUGUCCUGCAUGUCCUCAUCAUCCUCUGAGUCCUCUUCACUGUCCUCAUCGUCUUCAUCAUCUUCCUCUUCCUCAUCAUCAUAGUGCUGGUGGGGUAGGAAAAAUCCUGUAGGCCCUACAGGGCUGCCUGGACCAGUUCAACCACUGGCCAACUUGGAAACCUCCCCUUCCCCAACCGUGCCCCCACCUUGAAUUUAGCAAGCUGAUAGAUGUUAUACAAGACCUUAGUGUUAGGCCCAAUGCCCAUCCCAUUAAGCUCCCCUUUUUAGCACUGGCCCACACUGCUCCAAGUCAGAAGCAGAACUUCAGAAUUAGUAUAGUCUUGAUUCACUCUGGGCCUCGCACAGGCCUCACUUGAAGGAGUCACUCACCUCUGAGGCUGGCUUGCCAAUAGGUACCAGGUUGUUGUCUUUCUCUGCAAUGCUCUGAAGCUGUGGGCAAAACAGGGAGGAGAGAGCAAGGCUAGGGCCCAAGCAGGGCAGGGCAGGAACAUGGGACUGGGCCACUCUGCCCUCAAGAAGAUCUUUAGAUGUUGGGGAAAAGCUUCUUCCUGGUUCUCAGGAAAAUUCAAUCCUUUUCUUCUGUUAUCUGCCACAUAUAAAUUUGACCCAACUACUUAAUCUCUCUGAGUCUUGGUUUCUUCAUAUAAUUAUGGUGAGGGUGAAGUGAGAUAAUUAGCUUAAAACAUGGCAUCUGCUAGGUUCUUGAUAAAUAGUUGAAACUAUUAAUUCCUGUGAUUUGAGGAAUAAAGCUUGGGCUGAAUGUCAGAAGCCUCAGUUCUAAUCUGGUCCAGAAGUUCCACGGACCCCCAGCAAAUCAGGGCACCAUCAAGAUGAGACUCUUGGCCCGCUGGUUCCCAGCCUGACUAUUCCCUGGGGAGGACAGAAAGCUCUUCCAGGGCAGGUCCCACAGUAAGGCUGGGUCAUGGCCACAGGGUGGGGGGGAAAGAUGUUUCUGACUGUGCUGUGCUGUGCUGUGCUAGAUCCUCACUCACCCAGGCCUGAUGCUGCUGUUCCUGCUGCUGCAGCUCUGUCUCCUCCACACAGGGCCGAUCCAGAUUAAACCACAGUGUCUCAGUCACCCGGGGGAAGAGUGAGGGAAACAAGGUGGACAUGGCUCCUAGACUGAGGGAAAGUGUCAGGUGAAUGUAUUUUGUUUUAGUUUGACUUUUCUUUGGUUGUAAUUUGAUUUAGGGAUUGGGUGGAGUGGAAGGUAGCAGGGAAGCAAGCCUUCCCUAUAGGAAUCAGACAGACCUGGGUUUGAGUCCUGGCUCCACCACUUACUAGCUGUUUGACUUUUGCCAAGUCACUUAACCUCUCUGGGCCUGUUUCCUCAUCUGUAAAAUGGGGAUAAUAACAAUUAUAUCACCCUCAAAGUUAUUCUGAUAAAUAAAGUA